AGGGACAAGACGCGGCAGCUGUUUGCAGAGGCACUGUUGCUGGCGCGAGAGGCGGUGCCGGGCGCGGACGCCGGCGCGGCGGCGGCCGAGGCGGAGUCGGCGAUGCACCGGCAGAACGGCGGCGUGAACGCGCGCUACAAGGCCAAGUACCGCAGCCUCAUCUUCAACCUGAAGGACGCCAACAACCCCGACCUGCGCCGCCGCGUGCUCUCCGGCGAGAUCACCGGUGACGUGCUGGUGAACCUGUCAGCGGAGGAGCUGGCGAGUGACGCCCGCAAGAGCGAGAACGCGCAGAUCCGCAAGACUGCGCUGUUUGAGGCGGAGCGAGGGCAGCACAUGAAGAAGGCAACCACGGAUCAGUUCCAGUGCGGCAAGUGCAAGCAGCGCAAGUGCCAGUACUACCAGAUGCAGACGCGCAGCGCCGAUGAGCCCAUGACUACCUUUGUCACUUGCACAAACUGCGGAAACCGCUGGAAGUUCUGCUGAUGCAGGGGCAGUGGCAGUGGCGGGGUCCGUGUAUUAUGCCUCACACACAAAAGCGUUGAAGGCCUCCUCUGCAGGCUUGGUGCUUUGCACUGGGUGAAGCUGGGGUCAAAGUUGGCUGCUUGCUUUGCUUGGGAGGCCAUAAGGCUCUGUUCUCUGUUUUGACUUCAGCCAUGUCCUUUUCCUCUGUGCAGCUCGUCUUGCCGCUGUUCUGCAGCAUAUAAGCAGUCAAGGUGUGGGUCAAGUUUGUCCUGUUCAGCGUUGGGAGGAGUGCAGCUUCAGUAUGCUUAUUCAGCAAGAAAGUGGGAGGCCGCUCUGAACAUGCAUGAGUAUCAAGCAUGUGAAGAUGAUUGCAGAAGUUGCAAAGUCGAAUUGAUGUGCGCACAGGCUCCUGGACAAAAUUGCAGUCAGAACCCAAACAGAGGCUGACAAUGCCGCUGAGAGAUUUAUUGAAAAGCGCUUGAGAUUGUGAUGAGUCAAUCAAGCAGGAUUGACUGUUAGCACAGCGUUUGACAC